GGGGGCGGGGCUUCUCGUGACGUCUUUCCGCUUCCGGGUUCAGGGAGUCUCCACGUGAAAGAAGAGGAGCAACGUGAGAGCCGGAAUGGGGGAGUUCGUAGUUCACCGUGUGCGGUUCUUCGACUAUGUUCCAUCCGGUGUGCGAUGCAUUUCAUACUCCGAACAGACGGGUCGGCUCGCUGUGGCUCGCAAUGACGGGUCUGUGGAAGUCUACAACUUUCCUGCCAACUACUACCAGGAAAAGAUCAUUCCUGGUGAUGAGAAGAGAUCCACAGAGUCUAUAUGUUGGGUUCCCGGUGAUCGACUCUUCUCUGCAGGUCUGAAUGGAGAGAUCAUCGAAUACGACCUGGAGAGGCUGUGCGUCAAAUAUUCUGUGAAUGGAUUCGGAGGCCCCUUGUGGAACAUCACACCAAGUCCUUGUGGGUCUCAGCUUGCCGUGGGAUGUGAGGACGGCUCCGUGAAGAUGUUCACCAUUACACCAGAGCACAUUGUGUUUGAGAAGAGCUUGGAUCGACAGAAAGAGCGUAUUCUGUGCCUCGCUUGGCAUCCUUCAGGUUCCCAUAUUGUUGCUGGUUCCAUCAACGUGAUUAAAGUGUUCAGCGUCUCAUCAGGUCGCCUGCUGCAAGUUCUGAAGAUGGACCGCCGUGGGCUGGUCGGCCGGAAACGAGAAUGUAUAGUCUGGGGUGUGUCUGUUCUGUCUUGCGGGGAAAUUGUCAGCGUGGAUUCUUCUGGGAAGCUCCAGUUCUGGAAUUUAGAGACGGGGACACUUAUCCGCUCAUACACGGCCGCCACCAGUGAUAUCCUGUGCAUAGCCGUGGCUCAGAAAGAGGACAGUCUUGUUGUGGGCACUGCCCAGGGAUCCGUCUUACAGUUCCAGCACUUGGCGUUGCAGGCUGGGAAGGAUGAGAAGCAGUGGGUCGCCACCAAACCAUUCCAGCAUCACAGCCGUGACGUCCGGGCCGUGGCUCACAGCAGCACGUCUCUGAUUUCUGGAGGUUUGGAUGGCAAUAUUGUCGCACGGCCGUUGUUGGAGAGGAUAAAAGUAAAAUCCUAUGAGGCUGCACUGAGAAAAAUCACCUUCCCGCACCGCCACCUUGUGUCUUGCGCUCAGGCUUCCCGCUUGCUGCUCUUCCAGUUCUCCGAUCAUCUGGAGCUGUGGCGUCUGGGGCAGACUGAUCAAUCAGGUAAAGACGGUGAUAUCCUUCCUGUGAAGCAUGAACAGGAGCUCCUUCUACAGCUGAAGAGAAAGGGAUCUGAGAGUAUCCGAUGUAGCUGUAUCUCCCGCUGUGGGUCAUGGCUGUCCUACACCACCGCCUCUCGCCUCUUCCUCCAUCGGCUGCACUACGACAAUAAUAAUUUCAGUAUCAGUAAGGCUCCAAAGUUCGUCCAACCACCAACCGCAGCUCUGCAUCUUAAGUUUUCUCCUGACUCCAAACGGCUGUAUGUGGGAGCAGAAAGAGGAUGCGUUCAUAUUAUGGACCUGUCCAAAGGCACCUGCCAGCACAGUCACACUCUACAACCACCAUCAGCGUCUUCACAUCCUGUUCACCUUCUGACUGCCAGCGCGGAUGGGUCCCUACUAGCGGUAGCCACUUCUAAUUCUCAGGUUGACAUCUAUAAUGUGAAAGACCUAAAGUAUAUUUGUUCUGUUCCCCAGUACAACUCUCCCACAACUGCAAUAAGUAUCCACCCAUCCACCAAUAACCUAGUGAUCGCCUAUGCAGACCAGCAGGUGCUGGAGUUCAGUAUUUCCCAAAAUAAGUACACAGACUGGGGCAGGAAAGUCCUCCAACAUGGUCUUCAUCGCGAUUGGCUGGAACGUGACACGCCUAUCAUGGGAAUCACAUUUAACCCCUCAAGAUCAAAGGACAUCCUUAUGCAUGAUAAUUAUAUGUUUUGCGCCAUUGACAAGUCUCUACCUCUUCCAGAUGACAAGACCGUUCUGGUCAACCAGAGGACGCUGAAGCAGCUCUCGGUCAAUGCGCGGAUGAGCCAGGCACAUGCUUUUAAAAUAACCAGAAAAUAUCAGCCAUUGCUGUUCAUGGACUUGUUGGAGAACGGCGAGUUGGUUCUGGUGGAGAGAACGCUCAGUGACAUUCAGGCGCAGCUGCCACCUCCCAUCAAACAGAAGAAAUUUGGAACAUAAUUUUGUUUUUCUACAAAUCAAUAUAUUUUUGUCUUCAUGGUUUAUUAUCACUGCAGUUACAUUGUGUCCCGGACUGGGGUGCAUAGUUCCUAUCAGGACUCCUGUGGUCUCACCUGUCUAGAGAAGAGCUGACGCAUGAUUGGACAGUGAAUUGAACGUCGCUUGUUUAUUUUUUUUUAUAAAAUGACAAAUCCGACUUCUAGUGGAUCCAACUAUAAAGAAAUGACUGUUGUUACUUUC